AUGGCUUCUCUCUCCGUUUCAAUGGCUCUGCCACUCAGCUCCCCCACCAAUAACAGGUCAAAGUCAAACCCUCCCUCCUCCGAAGCCUUCUUGAAGAGGAGUGUGGUGAAGAACUCAUCAGAGCUAAAGCCCCAAAAACUCAACGUGGAAGCUUCUUUGAAGGAAAACGCAGUGAAGGGUCUCACUGCUGCUGCAGUAACAUCAUGCAUGGUGAUUCCUGAAGUGGCUCAUGCAGCGGGAAACGACUUCUCUCCUUCGCUUCAAAACUUUCUGCUAAGUAUUGCUGCCGGCGGGGUUGUGCUCGUGGCGAUAUUUGGUGCUGUUAUUGGCGUCGCCAACUUUGAUCCAGUUAAAAGAACUUGA